GAUGCGCUUUUGUUUGCUUUAAUUAGGCCUUUAAUAUUUUGAAUUUUGAUGAAAACCCAAAAAUAUAAAUGGACAUAAAUGUAAAAACACAUGGAUAUUCAGGUGUCAACUGAAUCUGUUUACUGAAAUCUAUUGAGUAGAAAAGAAGCUUUGAAAAGAAAUUUUAAGAAGCAUAGUUUUUUAGAUUUUUUUAUAGCCCCCAACUAGUAUUGUCUUUUUGGAUCUGACGUGUGUCUGAAGUAGUGAUGUCACAGGAAAGCAUAAACGAGGAUUCAACUACAUAUGAAGAUGAGAGAAGUCUUGAUAAUCAAAAAGACGAAGUCAUUCGAAUGAGUGAACCUGGUCAAGAAGAUGGCGCAGAUUCCCUUAACCAAGAAGUCGAAGAUGAAGAAGAGUUGGAAGAAGGCAUGCAAGAAGAAAGAAUGGAUGAUGCUGCAAUUAUUGAUGAUGUUAGAUCUAUCAGUUCUAAAAAGUCAAUAUUAUCCGAACUAGCAACGAAAGAAAAAGCAAAAUAUGUGGAAGCAGUAAAAUCUGAAAAGGAUGUUCCGGGGACGAAAUCAAUGAACAAGAAAGAGCUGAAAGAGAAACAAAAACAAACCAAGAAAGAAUUAUUUGGAUCUUUUGCAGCAGAUGAAAUUGAGUGGAAACUGAUUCUUACAUUUAUUGUGUUUGUGUUUGCAAUCUCUGUGGCAGCAUGCACCAUCGUGGUCUUUGUAGUUUUACAGGAAAAAGAUGUGAAGAUUGCAGUAGCUUCCUCUGAGAAAGAAAGAUUAUUACUGGAACAGGAACAAAUUGAUCUGAGGAAGAACUCGAUAAAUGGCCACAAUGGACAAGUUUUGACUCGAAUGAAUGCACUUGAAGAAGACAUUGAAAACGCAACAGAAUUUGUGCACGAAAUAAAAUCAAAUCAAACUGAAAAUAUUGAGGACGUCUUCGUAGAUAACCAAGUGCCAGUUUCUAAUGAAAUCAUGGGCAUUGACAACUACAUGACAAAUAGGAUGGAUCAUCAAGUGGAAGAUGCUCUAAUACGAAUUCAAAAUCAAACAGAAAACAUAACUGAAAACGCCAAAGAAAACACCAAUGAGACGUUGUCGACAUUAUCGACUAUAGACGAAGAUGGUACAACGCUAUUUGACGAUCAAUUCAAGUCAACCAGAAGCGUAUUAUCAGAUCUCUCGCGUGAAACAACUGUAGUUUUGAGAGGUCAAAAUACAUUACUCAGUGGGGAAAUUGGCAGCAUUGAAGAUGCAGUCAUAAGAGGAUUUACUGAUAAAGAUACCAAUUAUACAAACGGAUUAAAAGAUGUCAGCGCGACUCUCAAUACGGACUUUAUGCACUUAAUGGGCCAACUUACAAUGGCAGUAGAUGGCGGAAGUUCAAAAGUUAAUUUCACUAUACGAAUAUCCAAAAAGAGUAUUUCACAUAAUACGGAUGUCAUUUCAUCACGUUUAACUGCGAUAGUUGAAGGACAAGAUACUUUGUUUAACAUGACCAUUAUAAGUGCUGUCAUGGAUAUAAAACGCGUCGUCGGCGGUUUAGAAACAGCCACUAAUCGGAGUGUGACGGAUAUAAUUGGAAAUAAUGCUAUGGAAACUAGUGGAGACAUAGACAAGUUAAUUAAGAUCGCCAACGGAGUUGACGAUGCGACAAUUUCAAAAUUAAACGUAAUAUUUGAUCACGCGGCAACGGCAAAUACCGUGUAUAGCAUUUACUUGCAACCAAAAGUCACAGAAUACGAAACUUACAAAACGACUUUCGAGCAGAGUAUAGACGCACACACGGGCAAUUUUACAACAAACUUUGAUAUGAAACAACUCAAUGACAGACCUCAGAAAUGUGAGGAUGUUCGCUACCUUACAGCAAGAAAAUGGAAAUAUAAUGAUGACUCAGGAGGAAUUUAUAUACUUUCUUUUCCUUUAUUCCCUACGGGAUUGAACGUUUUCUGUAGUGCCGUAAAUGAAGGAUGGCUGGUGAUUAUGCGACUAGAGGAAAGUACAGAAAUAUUUGAUGCUAAUAUUGCUUCUUAUAAAUCAGAAAUGGGUUCUUCCACAACAGGAAAUUAUUGGUUGGGAUUAGACAAUAUGCACAAAAUAACAUCAAAAGAAAAGUACAAGCUGAGAAUCGAGUAUACAGAAGAUAUGGAUGCUGUUGUUACAUUUAUUUACGGUUCUUUUUCUAUUGGUGACGAAUCGAGUAAUUACCAGCUAACCGUGGCUGAUUUCGUUCAAGAAGAAUCUUCCACAAAUUUGAAUUCCAUGAAAAUAAUAGGUCAUAGUGGAUCCACCUUUUCUACAAAAGACAUGGGUACGACGGAAGACUUGAAGACCUGCGCUGUGACAGGAGGAGGAGGCUGGUGGUAUGUUGCAGCGGCACCCGGAUGUCAGAGUAUAAAACUAACUGGAAAAUAUUAUUCUACGUUAGCAGAACGCGAUGGUUCAGACGGAAUCAUAAUCGGGGAAGCUUCGAACUUUUACAAAAGAGCUGAAAUGUCCAUAAAAGUUUCCCAUUCAGACCUAAUGUGAAUACUAAAAGAACAGACAAUUUUAUUAUUACUGCAAUUUACAAUUCGCUAAGAGACAGAGUUGCGUAGAAACCGAAAUUUACAUUGAUUAUUCCAUAUUGCUUACCUGAACGACAAUAGAUGGAUUAAUGCCUCAUUCAUCCAAAGUUAUGAAACUCUUGUACUCGAAUGUAUUAUGAAAAUAUUGGAAUGGAUUUUCAGAAGAAAUUGAAUGGAGAGUUCUGAAAUUAGAUUCAGUCUUGCAAAAUGAUUUUUUUCGACUUAUAUAUAUGCCUAUAUACCUGUCUUCGUUUAUGAAUAUUUUAACAGAAUUUACCAUCUUAUUGCCUUCCACUUGGUGUGUUCUACUUUCAUUUGGUUACUUUUUACAUAUUUGAAUUCUGGACUUGCCUUAUAGGACUCUAAGGGUAGAAUAAGAAAACUUGGAUGAGCGAAAAAAUCCUAACUGUUCGAUCUUCAAGAACCACCAAACACAAUAAAGGAAUAAACAUUGAUAUCACGCCUAACAUAGCUCAUUUUCAACAAUUUGUUGUGGAGGUAGGGGAGUCUUUAUUUAGGUUGUAGCAAGUACAUACAUACAGUACAUACCGUGAAUUUUAUUACUUUUCACAACUCAUUGUUGAUAGUGCAUGUUAUUUUCCCAAAACAAGGUCGUUGGCAGAUUUUAUUUCCUUAUGAUAUUUUCAUAAAACAUUUCAUGCGAAAAAGUUGAAGCUUGAAAAAUAAAAAAUAAAUAGAAGGGCGAA